GACGGCAGCGUCCUUUUCCGAGAGAUGGCGGAAGUUGCAGACGACGCACAUUUCUUUUUUCUCCCCCUCUCCCUGGAUCCUCCCUCCAUGCCGUCUGCUCCCGGUCGCGUCGUUGCCGGCGGCCCAUCGCGUCCUCGCAUCGUUCCAAUGGUGCCGCCGGUACCGCCGCGGCCAGUUUGACGGAGACGCCGGGUUCGCGCCGCCGCACCAGCAUGGCUCUGCUGAGCAAGUACGCGCAGCUACUGGAAUACCACCUCCCGUACAACUGCUACGAGAUAGGACACACAUGGACGCCGCACUGCUCCGAGGCGUCGGUGUACGUCGGCCUGAACGCCUUCAAGGAGUCCAUGAAAAUGUACCUGCCCUUGUACGCGGCGUCACUGGUGUAUAGCAACCGCUACGACAAGAAGGCCGUCCGGAAGACCCUGCAGGGGGCGCUUAUCUCGUCUUUCUUCCUGAGCUUCAACGCCUUUGCCUUCAUCGCCGUUUUCUGCUCACUCAGGAAAUUGGUAGGCCGGUUCAACUUUCUGAAUGCGUCCUACCUUCCCGGUUUCCUGGCUAGUCUCAUGGCCAUCCUGCUGGAACGGAAGAGCAGGAGACAAGCAUUGGCCAUCUAUGUGUGCAAUGUUGCUUCCGAGACGAUAUUCCGGAUGAAGGUGUCCCGGAACGAGGUGCAGCCCGUGAAGCAUGGAGAGGUGAUCUUGUUCAGCGUCACGACUGCACUCUUCAUGUAUCUUAUCAGGCGCAGUGGUUACUUGAACGACCCGGUCAGCAAGGCCUUCCAAUUUAUUGUGGGCAAGGAAGAGUUCGUAAAGGGAUCGUCGAGCCCUAGUCCCCUGGGCUCUCCCACCCCGCCUUCGUCGGUGGACGCGUCGGACAACGCGGGCCCCGCGACGCAGGAGCUUCAGGCGGCCUGGGCGUACGCCUCGCAGGUCCUGGACGACCAGAGCUCCUGGACGCAGAAGCAGCUGGCCGCCCUGGGACUCAACUCGCGCCACUGGUCUUGCGGGCACAAGAGGGGUUGCCUCGCGCAUGUGGCACACGGCUUCGUGCGGCCUUUCCUGGUCGGCUGCGGCGUCCGCAUCCUGUUUCGGCUAGUGGCAAUGCGAAAGCGAAUCCUGAGCGACCCCAGCUUCCUGUACCGGGCCCUGUACAGGGCGGACAACCUUUGGCUCGGCGUCUUCCUGGGCUCCUUCGGAGGAAUCUACAGGCUUGUGAGCUGUCUGCUACGAUGGACGGGCGACGGGGCCAGCGAUUGGCACGCACUUCCCGCUGGCCUGCUUGCCGGCCUGGCCAUGUUCUGGUACCCGAGCCCCAGCAUGGCGCUCUACCUCACCUGGAAGCUGGUUGAGAACCUGUACAUGGCUGGAAUGGACAAAGGGAUCUUGCCUUGCAUUCCUGGCUCACCGGUGUUGCUGUAUUCUCUGUCGUGUGCCGUCCUUUUUUACGCAGCUGUUUUCGAGCCCCACAACCUGAGGCCAACGUACUGGGCAUUUCUCAACAGACUAUCGUCUCGCAGGUUCUCCCUCCUGAAUCGUCACGUGUACGACAUGUUCGGCGUCCAUUCCUCCAAGCUGUUCGACGACUUUUGGCCAAAGCUGGACUUGAAGUACACCACGCGGAAGUUCCAGGAGUCGGUGCUGGUUUGGGUGCCAUUUUGAAGGAGCGUAGCUUCGACGUCUUCACGGUGUACGGCCCAAGACUUUACCGCGUUGAACCCGGUUCAUGACCCAAGAAAAUGAAGGAAAACGAUCAAAUGAUAACCCCGGAUAAAAAAAAAAAACACGAAAAGACAAAAAAAAAGUGCCACCUACAGUUUAAGAAAUCUGGUAAAUUCAAUUUCUUGCAAAGCACUUGGAACAGUCAAUCGCUGCAACCUACGGGAAAGCGCGGCCAGUGACGAGGCUGAAAUUAUGUUUAGGCUUAAGAGAGAUAGAAAGAAAAAAAGGGAGAGAGGUUGGAUUGAAAGGCUGAGAGGCUAGCCUGUGUGCCUGGAUCUAGCAGGCUGCUCUACCCUGGGGGAAAGGGGAUAUUGAAGGAAAACUUUAGAAAGAUGAAAUGAGAAAAGGAAGGGUAUAUGGAUGGGGGUGAGGUAAUCGG